ACAGUACCGGAAUCACACACACACACACACACACUCUCUCUCUGUUGAAGAUGGAGACCGGAGGUUACAGUCGUCCAUGGUUGUGGCUGUACUUGGUGGCGCUGAUCCAGUGCUUGGCGGCUGCAUCCGAGGUUAAUGAGGCUGCAAUUCCGGCGAGCAAAGUAAAGUUCGAUACCGGAGGGCUGAGCAGAGAGAGCUUCCGGCAGGGGUUCGUGUUCGGAACGGCGACGUCGGCAUAUCAGGUGGAGGGUAUGGCCCAAAAAGACGGGCGUGGUCCCAGCAUUUGGGAUGUUUUCGCCAAGAAACCAGGAAUUGUUGCGAAUAAUGGCUCAGCGGAUCUCUCGGUGGAUCAGUAUCAUCGCUAUAAAGAAGAUGUGGACCUCAUGGCUAACCUAAAUUUCGAUGCUUACCGGUUCUCAAUUUCAUGGUCCAGAAUUUUCCCAAAUGGAACUGGCCAAGUAAAUUGGAAAGGAGUCGCUUACUACAAUAGGUUGAUCGAUUACUUGCUAAAACGAGGCAUUACUCCAUAUGCAAACUUGUACCAUUAUGACCUUCCUUUGGCUCUUGAGUUGAGAUACAAAGGACUAUUGAGCCGCCAAGUUGUAGAGGAUUUUGCAGAUUAUGCAGAGUUUUGUUUCAAGACUUUUGGAGACAGAGUGAAGAACUGGAUGACAUUUAAUGAGCCCAGAGUUGUAGCUGCUCUUGGUUAUGAUAAUGGCUUCUUUGCUCCUGGAAGGUGCUCAAAAGCUUAUGGGAAUUGUACUGCUGGUGAUUCUGGUACCGAGCCUUACAUUGUAGCGCACAAUUUGAUAUUAUCACACGCAGCUGCAGUUCAUAGAUACAGAACCAAGUACCUGGAAAAACAAAAGGGAAGGAUUGGAAUUCUUUUGGAUUUUGUAUGGUAUGAGAAUCUUACAAGAUCAAAGGCUGAUAAUUAUGCAGCUCAGAGAGCUAGAGACUUUCAUCUUGGAUGGUUCCUUCAUCCUAUUGUGUAUGGUGAGUAUCCUAAGACCAUCCAAAACAUUGUUGGGAAAAGGCUUCCUAAGUUCACUCAGGAGGAAGUCAAGAUAGUGAAGGGCUCCAUUGAUUUUGUCGGCAUCAAUCAAUACACUACUUACUACAUGUAUGAUAACCAUCAACAAGAACCAAAAGUCCCAGGCUACCAAAUGGAUUGGCAUGCAGGAUUUGCUUAUGCAAAGAAUGGAGUUCCUGUUGGUCCAAGAGCAAACUCAUAUUGGCUCUACAAUGUGCCAUGGGGCAUGUACAAAGCAUUGAUGUAUGUCAAGGAACGUUAUGGAAACCCUACUGUCAUCUUAUCUGAAAAUGGCAUGGACGAUCCGGGUAAUGUAACACUUGCCAAGGGGCUGCAUGACACCACAAGGAUCAAUUACUACAAAGGUUAUUUGACACAGCUAAAGAAGGCAGCUGAUGAAGGAGCAAAUGUGGUUGGUUACUUUGCAUGGUCCUUGCUUGAUAACUUUGAGUGGAGAUUAGGCUACACUUCAAGGUUUGGCAUUACCUAUGUUGAUUUCAAAACCCUCAAGAGAUACCCAAAGAUGUCUGCAUAUUGGUUCAAGCAGCUUCUCACCAGAAAGAAGCAGUAAGCAGAACCAACAAGUUAAUUGAAUCCUAGUUUCAUUUGUAUUGGUGAGCGCUUUUAUGAAAAUGUAAUCACUUGACUAUGUCAAUGAUCAAUGCUAGUCUUGGAAUAAAAUGAAGUUGUUGUCUGCUUUAACUAA